UAACGCACACAGACGCUGCUUACUGAAGAAGAAGAAGAAGAACGGAAGAAAUGGCAGCUCCUGGAAAAUGCUUCCUUGUGACUGGGCCUCCUGGCGUCGGCAAGACUACUCUGAUUAUCAAAGUAUUCGAAAGUCUUCGCAGUUCUAAUCCUAACUUGAAGCUUCAGGGCUUCUAUACUCGUGAAAUUAGGGAAGGAACACAGAGGGUAGGGUUCGAGGUGGUCACACUCGAUGGCCGUAAAGGGCUUCUUGCUUCCAACAAAAUCUCCAGUCCCGAAUCUCAUAGAUGGCCCACUGUGGGGAGAUACAGGGUCGAUGUGGCAUCUUUUGAGUCAUUAGCAUUGCCCGAGUUACAGGUAAAGGAAGACACCGAUCUCUUCAUCAUUGAUGAAGUCGGUAAGAUGGAGCUCUACAGUUCUUCGUUCUUCCCUGCUGUGCUGAAAAUAUUGGAAACAGGGGUCCCACUCUUGGCUUCUGUACCGAUUCCAAAGGCUGGGAGAGAUAUUCCUGGAGUGUUGUUGGGGCACUUAAAAUUGUUCUCUGAAUUUGACAGUGGCGAGACUGAAAAACCAUCCGGGUGCUGCAAUUUUUACGCUGAACCCUAGUAACCGGGACGCAAUCAAAGAACGUAUUUGUUCGCUCUUGUCUGAUCAGCUGCAGAAGAGCAUUAGAUGUGGUGGAGUAUGAUCUUGUUAGAGGGAGGAACCACCAUCAUCAGUGAAGAGUUCAUUUGCCCAGAACUGAUGAUUUUCUACCAGGGAAUUGUAAUGCUAGAAUGUUCAAAAUAUGAUCUCUGUGUAAGACACAUUUGUUUAUCCAAAUGAUAAAGAUUUUAAUAACACCUGAAAUCCAAUUUUUUUUGGUCA